GGACACCAUUGGAGGGAUGAAACCAACACACCAGUUGCCCUUCUCGGGGCUUCUGUUGUUUUCUCUUAUUCCAAGCCAGCUAUGCGAGAUCUGCGAGGUGAGUGAGCGAGUCCACAUCCAACUGGACCCUCUGUUGGAUACAAUGAUCCAGCCAAAAUACACCAGUGUGACCCAGUCUGCCAAUGUCCUGCUUUCCCUCAGACUCAUUGGGAUCCAGAACCAAAACCAAACCAUAAUCGAAGCGCUCUCCCAACAAGUCAGAAACACUGUGGAAAGGAGAGGACUGGAUUUAAGCUCAGGACAGCUCGCUCUGAUCAUACUGGCUUUGGGAGCAUGUCAUACCCAUGAUGAAACCUUCAUAUUUAAUCAGCACCUACUUGGCCAUCUGGAAAAUAAAUUCAAAGCAGAAUUGGAAAAUAUGGAAGAAUAUGAUGGUAAUCCACUGACCAACUAUUACCAGCUCAGCCAGGACGUCUUGGCCUUGUGUCUGUUCAAUAGAACGUAUUCAACCACCACAGUUGCUAAACUCUUCGCUCCUGAAAACAAAAACUAUUACCUUGGUGGCCAGUUCUCAGUAGAUACAGGAGCUAUGGCCGUGCUGGCUUUGACAUGUGUGAGCAGGAGUCUGAAGGAACAGCCCAAAGCACAGGAAGAGGAUCUAGAGAGCAUUGAAAAUCAUAUCCGCUCACUGGUAAAAAUGAUUCUGUCUGAGAAAAAAGAAAAUGGUCUCAUUGGAAACAUGUUUAGUACAGGAGCAGCUAUGCAAGCCCUCUUUGUCUCAUCAGAGUAUUACAGUGAAAGUGAAUGGGACUGCCAAGAAACUCGCAAUUCAAUACUCAAUGAAAUUUCCCAGGGAGCAUUCAAUAUUCCUGCUGCUGCAGCCCAGAUCUUACCUUCCCUGCUAGGAAAGACCUACUUGGAUGUGACCAAAGACUCGCCUUGUAACUCUCCCCUCUCCAUCCCAGUGCCUACGACUGUGAUACCCACUUAUUCGCCCUCAUUGAUCUCUGUGCAUUACUCUGUGAAGAUCAACAAAACCUAUUCCAUAGAUGUCACAGUGCCAAGUGGUUCGGUCUUUCUGGAUGUGAUGAAGGAAGCUCAGAAGGAGAAUGGGACUUUGUUUCGGUUCACAGUGGAGCAGGAGGAAUGGGGGCCCUAUAUCACAUCUGUUCAGGGCCUAACUGCCAACAAUAACGACAGAACCUACUGGCAACUUCUGAGUGGGGGCAAGCCACUCAGUCAAGGGGUUGGUAGCUAUGUUGUCCAUAACGGAGACAAUUUAGAGGUCCUUUGGAGCAAAUACUAAACUCAGACCUUCCUUGGGAUGUACCUUUUGUAGUGAGACCCACACAGAAAAUGGUCUUGUGCCUUCCUUUUCAUUUAUCUUAAUUCAAUAGGAGACUCAACCUCCCUUCCUCCCUCCCC